AUAAAGUUUAUGACGUCACAAUGGUACCAGUACUAUGUGACGUCACCUUAGUGCACGCUAUUUUAGACAAGGUUUUUCCCUAGGGAAAGACAGGAAUAUCUAUCCCCGGCGCGUGCUCGGAUAAAUGUAUACUUUCCCCGCUGGGUAGGCAAGAAUAAUAUUACCCCGAUUGGGAGAUAAUCUCAAUGGCAUUUGAUGCAAGAUGGCUUCAAUUAACGGAGUAUGUACUGGUGUAAAGAAUGGAUUUGCCAAUGGGAAGGAAAAUGGAGUUACCAAUGGUGAGGAGAAUGGAGUGACUAAUGGCGUUUUAAAGAAACGUCAGCAUGAUACCAAUGGCUUUGCUCAGCAUAGUGCCGCGAAAAAGGUUGUCAACGACAUUGCAGCAAAUGGAUCUUUGUCUCAGAAUUUGGCAACAAUUCCUGGCAAAACAGAUUUGGAGUUUCUUAGAAAAGUGGUGGACAUCGUAAUUCAAGACGGGUUGAUUGGUGCUAUGGAUAGAAAUACGCGUGUGUGCGACUUCCAUCAACCAGAGAAUCUGAAGACAAUGUUAAAGGAACUGACGAUCACAGAGGAUCCUGCAAGUGAAGACAGACUAUUGAACAUGUGUAAAGAUGUCAUACAAUACAGUGUGAAGACAUCAAAUCCAAGAUUUUUUAACCAGCUGUAUGGAGGCAUGGAUCAGUACACCUUAGGUGGGGCCUGGGUGACGGAGGCUCUCAACCCUAGUCAGUACACGUAUGAAGUAUCUCCAGUCUUCACACUGAUGGAGGAAGAAGUUUACAAGAAAAUGCUACAUUAUAUAGGGUUUGAUGGCGGUGAUGCUAUUUUUGUUCCAGGGGGCUCACUGGCGAAUGUGUAUGGAAUGAAUGUUGCACGUUAUGCUAAAGUCCCAGAAGUAAAAACGAAAGGAUCAUGCGCCCUACAGAAACCAUUGUGUAUAUUUACGUCUGAAAAGUGCCACUAUUCCGUGCAAAAGAGCGCAGAACUGUUGUGUAUUGGCAGAGACAAUAUAUUUUUUGUGAAGACGGACAAGAAAGGCAAAAUGAUUCCAGCAGAACUAGAAAACCAAAUCAAUAAAGCUAAAGGAGAGGGUUAUGAACCAUUCUUUGUAAAUGCGACGGCAGGUACAACAGUGCUAGGAGCCUAUGAUCCUCUUGAUGAGAUAUCCGAGGUGUGUAAGAAGCACGGGCUCUGGCUGCACGUGGACGGCGCGUGGGGAGGUAGUGCUGCUAUCUCUAAAAAAUAUAGAUAUCUCGUGAAAGGGAUUGAAAAGGCAGAUUCUAUGACAUGGAAUGCACAUAAGAUGAUGGGUGUGAUACAACAAUGUUCCGUAUUCCUUACAAAACACAAGGGUGUGCUACAAGACUGUCACUCUGCUAAAGCCAGGUAUCUGUUUCAACAAGACAAGAGUUACGAUGUCUCAUAUGACACAGGAGAUAAAUCUUUACAGUGUGGUAGAAAGGUUGAUGUUUUCAAACUAUGGAUGUUAUGGAAGGGAAAGGGAGAUAGUGGAAUGGAGAGAGACAUUGACCAUCUCUUUAUGCUCUCAAGAUAUUUAGCAAACAAGUUAAAGCAGACUUCAGGAUUCAGACUUAUACAGGAACCUGAGUGUACAAAUGUAUGUUUCUGGUAUAUACCACCCAGCAUGAGGGACCAGGAAGAGACCAAGGAAUGGUGGGAUAAACUUGCAAAGGUCGCCCCAGCAAUCAAAACAGGGAUGCUUCAGUGUGGCUCCAUGAUGAUUACCUAUAACCCUGAUGGCGACCUCGUCAACUUCUUCAGAAUGGUUCAAUCUAAUUUUGACACAACAACGGACGAUAUGGAUUUCCUUGUACAAGAGAUAGACAGACUUGGCAGAGAUUUAUGACUGGAUAAAACACGUUUGUGCUUUGGCACGUCAAAAUGAUAUCAUGGUGUAAUUCUUACGGCCGAUUAAUUGUUAACCGAUCUGCAUUUUUCAUGACAGACGUGACAAUUUCAAGAUAUCACCGUGAGGCAAUAUUGCAGUUUAAGAGUUAAGUUCUUGACUACAUAAAAAAGUUUAUUUUUUUAUUUAUUUACUGACUUACUCAUUUAUCUUUUUUGGUUCUUGUUAGGUAUGGUUUGAAUGUUUUCUUCGUAUCAUUUUAUGUUGUUAACAGUGCACCUGAAGCAUUUCUCAAUGUUUUACUUCAAAAUAUUUAUUAAUUUUCAAUAUAUAUGCUUACGACUUGUUUACAUAAAUACUACAGUUUUAUUGUUUGUGUGUCACAUAAAUCUACAUGUACUGUUUCGUUUGUUUCAAAUAUCUGAUUUAAUCUGCAUAUCAUUUGUAUUGUUUUCAUUGUUCUUUGCAACUGUGACAAUUGUUGUUGCUUUUGUUGUUAAUAAUAAUUAAAAAUAUUGUUCUUUGCAACUGUGA